AUCAAGUCCGGUGAUUCCACGGACAAAGCCUUCCUAAUAAUACCACCAGAUCCUCCCAAUGAUUUCUUACCUUAAUUGCACCCAUGAGUCAUCACGCCUAAUCAAAUCUAAAUUGCACCAAAUCUCCUGAUUUCCUCCUCUUUUCUUCCAUAAGUACGGUGCAAAUCGUUCCCAUAGCCCACUACAAUUACUUGUGACGCCAUGGCUAGGAAGAAGGUGAACCUGGCAUGGAUCGCCAACGACUCCCACCGGAGGGCCACCUUGAAGAAGAGGAGGAAGGGCUUGGUGAAGAAGGUGAGUGAGCUCUCGACGCUCUGCGACGUCAAAGCUUGCCUCGUAGUCUACAGCCCCCAUGAGCCCCUCCCGGUGAUGUGGCCGUCGGUCCCCGAGGCGACGCAAGUCGUCGCCCGCUUCCGGAGCAUGCCGGAGAUGGAGCAGUCCAAGAAGAUGAUGGACCAGGAAGGAUUCCUCCUGCAGCGCGUGACGAAGCUGCAGGACCAGCUACGCAGGCAGGAGCGCGAAAAUCGCGAGCUCGAGACCACGAUGCUCAUGUACGAAGGCCUCGCCGGGCGGAGCCUGCACAACGCCGGCAUGCAGGACGUGACGAGCCUUGCAUGGAUGGUGGAGAUGAAGAUGAAGAUGGUGCACGAGCGGAUCGAGAUGCUGAGGGCGCAGAGGGUCGAGGCGUCGAGCCAAGUAGUGCCGGCGGCGGCGGCGCCGCCGGUGGAGGGACCGGUGCCGGUGAUGAAGGAGAAGACGCCGAUGGAGGCGGCGAUGGAGGCUCUCGAGAGACCGAGCUGGUUCAUGGACGUCAUGAACCCUAAUGACAGCAUGAUCUAUGGUGGUGGCGCGGGGAUGAUGCAGCCCUACAUAGACCAUACCAACCCAUGGCUUGACCCCUGCUACCUCCCUUUUAAGUGA